CCCGGGCAGGUGGGAACAGGGAGAGCUCCAGUAGCCUUGGCCCGGGGUGCAUAGCAGAAGGACCUCAGCCUGGCAGGAGGGCCUGUGAGACUAUUGGGUACUGAUGGACGUUUCCGACAGCCCUGAGCGAAACCCCUGCUCUCCUGAUGAAGAGGACCAGCAUCUUUCCGAUGAUGAAGUCCUGAAGGAGAGUGGUUCAGACCGGGAACUUGAUGGAGAGGGUGGGCAAGGCAGCGUCCUGGGAGAGGAGGAGGAGGAUGCAGCCAGGGGACUGAGUCAUGGUGAAGAAGAGAACCACUCGGAUGAAGAGGAUCGCUUAAGCGAAACCAAGUCUCAGGAGUCUGACAACAAUGAGCAGAGUGGGGAGCUGAAGAGCCCUCCACCUCGCAAAGGAGAGGAGGAAGACCGGACAAAUGACCUUGGUGAUGAAGCAUCCUCUGUCACCCGCGAACUAGAUGAGCACGAGUUGGACUAUGAUGAGGAAGUUCCUGAGGAACCAAGUGCUGCUGCUGCAGAGGAGGAUGGUGAGAAAGCUGCUGGUGAGGAUGAUGAGGAAGAGGAGAAAGGAGAUGAUGCCCAUGAAGAUGAGAAAAAAUCCAGCAGUAAAAGUGACGAUGAAAAGGAUGGCCAGGAUCCCCUCAAGGAGAAGAAGAAAGAAGAAGAUGAUGGAGAAAUUGAUGAUGGAGAAAUUGAUGAUGAUGACUUGGAAGAAGGAGAAGUUAAAGACCCCAGUGACAGAAAAGUGAGGCCACGUCCCACCUGCCGAUUUUUCAUGAAAGGUCACUGUACUUGGGGCAUGAACUGCCGAUUUAUUCACCCUGGCGUGAAUGACAAAGGAAACUACUCCUUGAUCUCCAAGCCUGAGCCCUUCUCCCCAAAUGGUGCUCCUCCUAUCGGCCCCCACCCAUUGAUGCCAGCCAACCCUUGGGGAGGGCCAGUUGUUGAUGAAAUCUUACCUCCACCUCCUCCAGACCCUCCAACAGAAAGUGCCUGGGAGAGAGGACUCCGGCAUGCUAAAGAGGUAUUAAAAAAGGCAACUAUGAGAAAAGAACAGGAGCCUGACUUUGAGGAGAAGAGAUUCACUGUGACUAUUGGAGAAGACGAGCGUGAAUUUGACAAAGAAAACGAGUUUUUCCGCGACUGGAAUUACCGCAUCACCAGAGACGUCAGAGAUCCAGCGGAGGUGGACAUCAAAGAAAACAUUAACUAUGGGCUUGAUCCCUAUACAGAUCCCUAUUAUGACUAUGAAAUAGAACGGUUCUGGCGUGGUGGGCAGUAUGAGAAUUUCAGGGUUCAGUAUACAGACCCAGAUCCAUACCGUAACUACAGAGUAAGUAAGGAAAGAGAGCGAGAACGGGAAAGGGAAAGAGAGAACAGACAACGAGAAAGGGAACGCGAGAGGGAGCGAGAACGCGAGCGAGAGCGGCGCCAGCGGGAGCGAGAACGAGAAAGGGAACGGGAGCGUGACAAGGAGCGCCAGCGGCGGAAAGAAGAGUGGGAACGUGAGAGAGAACGAGUGAAGAGAGAUGAAAAAGACAGGCAGCACAGGGACCGGGACAGGGACCGAGACCGGGACAGGGACCGGGAACGUGAAAAGGAGAAAGAAAAACCAAAGCCCCGGUCCCCGCUGCUACCAAGCCGUCAGCCUGAGCCACCAAAGAAGGAGAAGGAGGCAACCACAAUUACCACCACUCAGUCGAAGAGAGCAGAUGAAUGGAAGGACCCCUGGCGCCGAUCCAAGUCCCCCAAAAAGAAACUUGGUGUGUCUGUCUCUCCCAGCCGUGCGCGUAGGCGCCGAAAAACCUCUGCUUCUUCAGCGUCUGCUUCUGGCUCUUCAAGGUCCUCUUCUCGUUCAUCCACCUAUUCUGGUUCAGGUUCCUCGCGAUCUCGUUCCAGAUCAUCUUCUUACAGCUCUUACUCUAGUCGCUCUUCAAGACACAGCUCUUUCUCAGGCAGCAGGUCCAGAUCACGGUCCUUCUCAUCUUCACCCUCUCCUUCUCCAACACCGUCUCCACAUAAGCCGCUUGCGAAAGCUAAAGGGGAGUUAUUACCACCUGCUGGUAAAGGUGAAAAAUCUGUGAAGAAACUAGCUGCCCUUCCAGUCCCUCAGCCACUCACUAAAAUUACAACAGCUGCACCAGAGCCAGCCAAACCAGGGGAUAAUCGAGAGGCAAGAAGGAAGGAACGUCAGACAAGGACUCCACCCAGGAGGCGGACUAUCAGCGGCAGCAUCAGUGGCAGUGCCAGCAGCUACAGUGGUUCCAGUUCCCGAUCUAGGUCCUUGUCUCGGUCUCUCUCCAGAUCUCAUUCCAGAUCAUCAUCUGCCUCAGUCUCCCACUCCCCGUCUGGGUCCAGGAAAUCCAGGUCCCUGAGCGUGAGCAGCGUUUCUUCUGUCUCUAGUGCCUCCUCUAGCAGCAGCUCUGUACGCAGCGCCGACUCCGAAGACAUGUACGCAGACUUGGCCAGUCCUGUUUCCUCAGCCAGCUCCCGAUCCCCAACCCCAGCGCAGCAGAAGAAAGGUAGAGGAAAGUCAAAAAAAGAAGAUAGCGCUAAAGAGGAGAAGCGGAAACGGGAUGUGCCUGCUCAGCUCCUGAAAUCAGCCAAGCCCACCCAGGGGAGCAAAUCACAGCAGCUCCUCCAGACCCAGCAGCCCUCAGCCCCCCAGUCUCAGCAAGGGGGCUUCAGUGCUCACAAAGAGAUCAAACUGACGCUUUUGAAUAAGGCAGCUGACAAAGGAAGCAGGAAGAGAUACGAGCCAGCAGACAAAGACAGGCCGACCUCUCCUCCAGCCAAACGGGCGAACCUGUCACCUGACAGAGAGUGUGCGAUUGCCACCAGAUAACGCAGGCGUUUUAGCCGUCCGGCUGCAAAUACACGGUGGAGGUGAGACGCUCUGGUUUGUGAAGUAAGCGAGGUGAGGUCAGCCCUGGGCAGGCCAAACCCAGCCUUGCCUAGCUGUUUUGUGGCACACAUUGCGAGUACCUUGGCUCCACUAUGUCUGUGUAACUCCACUAAAAAAAAAAAAACCAACCAACCCUCGCUUUGAAGACACAGCGUGCUCAUCUCUGCUGCAGGUACAUAUUCAUCCCACAGCAGCCUCCUGUUCUCUAGUAACGUCAUUGGAUGUGGCUGUGGAAGUCAUAGGGUUUUCCCUUACUGUAUCGUGGGGUCUUCUCUGCCUUGUAUUUCAGUGCAUCGCAAUGGAUCUUAGUCCUCCCGACAGAAAGGCUUGUGGCGGUGCUUAGAAAGGGAUCAUGGGCUGCCAAGGCUCCAGGAUGGAUGCAAUAAUUGGCUAGAUCACCCGUCCUGCGAAAUGAGAUGAUUUCCCCACUUGUGUGUGACACAAUCUGAUCUGCCCCAUAUGUUUAGAAAGACGCGGGCUUUCCAAGUGUUCUCCUGUGUCUGAAUCCUCAGCAGCAGUACGAGCGCCUCAGAAAACCGAGCUAGCACGCUACAUCAAGUGGGACCUAAAUGCCAUGCUCCAGCCUCUUCUGUUGCUGCCGAAAAACAAAGGGGGGGAGUCAUCAGUCAGAGGUGCCUGGUUUUGACGUACAAGCCAGCGUUGACACGUGAUGUUGUUUUCCCUGUUGUCUCGGCUGUAGGUGUAUCUUGUUGACUCUGGGUGCCAGCCAGAAAAAAUUUCUGUGCUAAUAGCCUGGUUGCAUUCGACUCCUGCAAAGGCAGCGUGGAAGGGACUGGGUGAGGUUGAAGUUCACUGGGAUCUAGUUCACAACUACUGCUGAGCUGCAGACAAAUGAAUGGGCCGACCUAGCAAACUGUGCUGAUUUUAUAGAUACAUAGAUGUAGAUGUAAUUAUAUACUUUAUUUGUUGUCUGUACGUUAUAAAGCACUUUUAAGCAGUAGCAAAUGGGACACAAGCCCUGAAGGCAACUCAGCCUCACCUCCCAGUGGCAAGCAUACCCUUGACUGAAUUGGGACUGAGCAAGAGGCACCCUCCGGCAUGCAGCCUGCAUUCCAGUGUCCCAGCACAAAGCUGGUCGGUGUUUGUGCCCUGAGUCUCGCUUCCCUGUACUGUAACCUUGCUGUGAUCAGAUCCGCAGCUAUAGUUGCCCCUCUGUGCACUGGGAUAGCAGCGGCUGGGAAACCCACUGCAGCAAAGCUGGAUAAUGCUGCUGCAGGACCCCAGCGGGCUUCCCAUCACCUGCAAGUCCCCACAGCUGCUCCGUUCGGGCAGGGCACGAAAACAUGGGGGUGAUGCUGCCUGUGGAUUGGCCCCAGCUGGCUCCAAAAGCAGCAGAGCUGCACUUGCCCAGCACGCUUUAAGCCAAUACACCCUAUUACCUGGGCAGCGCAGAGCCAGCUCAGAUGCUGCUGUGCCCAUUGCUCACAAACUGGAUGAUUUGCCGAGGGAUAAUGGAGCACUGACUCAGUCCAUGAGGGCCAGCCUUGCCCCGCAGGUUUGCAAGCAAAGCACAGCCUAAAAGCGCAGUGGAGGAGCCUUGUUCCAGCAGCCGGAGGGUGAGGAGAGGGCCGGUGCGGCUCCCCGCAGGUGAUGUUUUGUACAGCUGACCAUGAGGCACAGCCUUGACUAGCUUUUCUGCUCCCCGUGAAGACAGGGUGCACAACAGUAGGUUCCUUUUCUAGCUGCUGCUGGACUUGGCCUUUUGUUGGCAUGAUCUGGUCGGUCUCAAGAGAGCAUCCAUAUGCUGCUGAGACGGUACAGUAGGUAGGGUAGCGACCCGUACCUUCACAAUGAGCGAGAACGUCUCACCUUUUUGUCUCCCGUUAGGCUCUCGUGACAGGAAGGCAACCGGGAGACUCUCUUCACCCAAGCAAGAGCGACAGAGAGGCCAGAACCCGAAACCUUCUCCUGCACAGA